GACAGAAGGAAAACUUUAAUAUGUCAGCAAAACAACACUGAGGGGGAGUGAACUUUUGGACAGCAGUCAUAUUUUGAAGAAACAUUACAAUAUUUCCAUCUAAUUGUGUGCAGUUACAGUUCAGCCGAAAGCUGCCUGGUAUGCUCCCAGCAAUUCAGUAGAUGUCCACCCCUUCAGACACAUCAGGUGGUAUGUCCCAUCCUGGCCCUUCUCCGGGGGCAGGUCUAUCCCCAGGGCCCAUCUUGGGCCCUAGCCCUGGACCAGACCCCUCCCCAGGCUCUGUUCACAGCAUGAUGGGACCCAGCCCUGGACCUGGAACACCCAACGCACCUCAUGGCAUGCAGGGACAGGGACAAAGUGACUAUUCUCAGGACAGCAUGUAUCCUAUGCACAAGACAAUGGAGGGAAUGAAUGAAAAGACCAUGGCAGAUGCAAUGCACUUUGGUCACAUGAAAGGUGUGGGGAUGAGAUCUCUGCAUAGUGGCAUGGGACCUCCACAGAGUCCAAUGGAUCAGCACAGCCAAGGAUACAUGUCCCCUCAUCCUUCCCCCAUGGGUGUCCAUGAGCAUGCCUCUAGUCCCAUGUCAGGAGGUGGAGGUGGUGGGGGACCCACGCCUCCCCACAUGCCUCCCUCCCAGUCAGGCCCUAUGAUGCCCAUGGAUCCCCAGACAGCUGUGCCCAACAUGUCCAACAUGAGCCAGCAGGGGCGGGGACCUUCUGCUUUCAGUCCGGUCCAGCUGCAGCAGCUCAGAGCUCAGAUUCUCGCCUAUAAGAUCCUGGGUCGUGGGCAACCCUUACCUGAAAACCUUCAACUGGCUGUUCAGGGCAAGAGGAGCCUACCCACAAUGCAACAGCAGCAACAGCAACAACAGCAGCAGGCACCUACUGCUAGUCCUUACAGCAGGCCUCCAGGUAUGCCAAUGGCACCUUUGGGUGGUCCCCAGUCAAGUCCCUGCCCUACCCCAACCAUGCAAGGACACAAUCAAAGCACAGGACCCAAACCGUGGUCUGAUGGUCAGGUUGGUGAAAAUCAAGCCAGCGCUCAGAAGCACAUCACUCCAGUUGCCAGCGGACGCCCGUCCCCUGCACCACCUCAGGCCGCGCCCGUGCCAGCAGGACCCAUGCCAGGCAGUUCAGUGACCCCUCAGCCUCCCGGGCAGCAGGUGUCCCCCAUGCUUCAGAUGCAGAAACAGAACCGCGUCACACCAAUCCAGAAGCCUCAGGGCCUAGACCCAGUGGGGAUCCUGCAAGAGAGAGAGUACAGGUUGCAGGCUCGGAUUGCACACCGAAUCCAGGAGCUGGAAAGUUUGCCAGGCUCUCUGCCCCCUGAUCUGAGGACUAAAGCCACAGUGGAGCUCAAGGCACUGCGUUUACUCAACUUCCAGCGGCAGCUGAGACAGGAUGUGGUGGCAUGUAUGAGGCGAGACACGACCCUGGAGACGGCCCUCAACUCAAAGGCUUACAGACGCAGCAAGCGGCAGACGCUGAGGGAGGCCCGCAUGACCGAGAAGCUGGAGAAGCAGCAGAAGCUCGAGCAGGAGAAGAAGCGCAGACAGAAACAUCAGGAGUAUCUCAACAGUAUCCUUCAGCAUGCUAAAGACUUCAAAGAGUAUCACCGCUCAGUGUCUGGCAAAAUGCAGAAGCUCACCAGAGCCAUCGCCACCUGGCACACCAACACAGAGCGGGAACAGAAGAAGGAGACUGAGAGAAUCGAGAAGGAGAGGAUGAGGAGACUGAUGGCAGAAGAUGAGGAAGGCUACCGAAAACUCAUCGACCAAAAGAAAGACAAGCGUCUGGCCUACUUGCUGCAGCAGACGGAUGAAUAUGUGGCCAACCUCACCACCCUGGUGCAUGAACACAAAGCUGCCCAAGCUGCCAAGGAGAAGAAAAGGAGGAAGAAGAAAAAGAAGAAGUUGGACGGAGAUGGUGAAGGCCCCAGUGCCAUUGGACCUGAUGGAGAGCCCAUGGAUGAGAGCAGCCAAAUGAGUGAGCUGCCAGUCAAAGUGAUUCAGACAGAGACUGGGAAAGUUUUGCAGGGAACGGAUGCUCCCAAAUCCAGCCAACUGGAGGCCUGGCUCGAGAUGAACCCUGGGUAUGAGGUCGCCCCACGGUCAGACAGUGAGGAGAGCGGCUCAGAGUUUGAGGAGGAGGAGGAAGAGGAGGGGGCCAAGCCAGAAACAGAGGAGAAGAAGAUAAUCGAUCCCAAUGAAGAUGAAGUGUUUGGGGCGGCUGCGAAGGAUAUUAUCGAGACAGCCAAGCAAGAUGUGGAUGAUGAGUACAGUGUUCCCACUGGACAAACCAGCUCCCAGUCUUACUAUGGUGUGGCCCAUGCUGUCAUUGAGAGGGUGGAGAAGCAGUCGUCGCUGCUGAUCAACGGCACACUCAAACAUUACCAGAUCCAGGGGCUGGAGUGGAUGGUGUCCCUGUACAACAACAAUCUAAAUGGCAUCCUGGCUGAUGAAAUGGGCCUCGGCAAAACCAUCCAAACCAUUGCCCUAAUCACCUACCUGAUGGAGCACAAGAGGAUCAACGGUCCCUUUCUGAUCAUUGUUCCUCUCUCGACUUUGUCUAACUGGGUCUAUGAGCUUGACAAGUGGGCUCCCUCUGUGGUCAAAAUUGCUUACAAGGGCACCCCUGUGUUGCGCCGCGGGCUUGUGCCUCAACUCCGCAGCGGGAAGUUCAACGUCUUGCUGACCACCUAUGAAUACAUCAUCAAGGACAAGCACAUACUGGCCAAGAUUCGUUGGAAGUACAUGAUUGUGGAUGAGGGUCACCGCAUGAAGAACCACCACUGUAAGCUGACCCAGGUGUUGAACACACACUAUGUGGCUCCCCGACGCCUCCUUCUCACCGGGACACCACUGCAGAACAAGCUUCCCGAGCUGUGGGCGCUGCUCAACUUCCUCCUGCCCACCAUCUUUAAGAGCUGCACCACCUUCGAGCAGUGGUUCAACGCCCCCUUCGCCAUGACAGGAGAGAGGGUGGACCUAAAUGAGGAGGAGACCAUCCUGAUUAUCCGACGUUUGCAUAAGGUGCUCCGCCCCUUCCUGCUACGCAGACUGAAGAAAGAGGUGGAGUCUCAGCUGCCAGAGAAGGUGGAGUACGUCGUAAAGUGUGACAUGUCUGCCAUACAGAAGGUUCUGUAUCGCCACAUGCAGAAAGGCAUCCUCCUCACUGACGGCUCAGAGAAAGACAAGAAGGGCAAAGGAGGAGCAAAGACCCUAAUGAACACCAUCAUGCAGCUGAAGAAGAUCUGCAACCACCCAUACAUGUUCCAGCACAUUGAGGAAUCCUUUGCUGAGCACUUGGGCUUUCCAAACGGCUUCAUCAGCGGGCUUGAUCUGUAUCGAGCUUCUGGGAAGUUUGAGCUCCUGGAUCGCAUCCUGCCGAAGCUGCAGGCCACCAGCCACCGAGUCCUGCUGUUCUGCCAAAUGACCAGUCUGAUGACAAUCAUGGAGGACUACUUCAGCUACCGCAACUUCCAGUAUUUACGUCUGGAUGGGACCACCAAAUCUGAGGACCGAGCAGCACUGCUGAAGAAAUUUAAUGAAGAAGGAUCGCAGUACUUCAUCUUCCUGCUCAGUACCAGAGCCGGCGGCCUCGGCCUCAACCUGCAGGCUGCUGACACUGUCGUCAUCUUUGACAGUGACUGGAACCCACACCAGGACCUUCAGGCUCAGGACCGGGCUCACCGCAUCGGUCAGCAGAACGAGGUGCGCGUGCUUCGCCUCUGCACCGUCAACAGCGUGGAGGAGAAGAUCUUGGCAGCCGCCAAAUACAAACUCAACGUGGAUCAGAAAGUCAUCCAGGCGGGCAUGUUUGACCAGAAAUCCUCGAGCCACGAGCGCCGUGCCUUCCUCCAGGCCAUUCUAGAGACCGAGGAGCAGAAUGAGGAGGAAGAUGAGAUACCCGAUGAUGAAACUCUUAACCAGAUGAUAGCCCGCAAUGAAGAUGAAUUUGAGCUCUUUAUGCGCAUGGACAUGGACCGACGCCGCGAGGACGCCAGGAACCCAAAGCGUAAGCCUCGUCUCAUGGAGGAGGACGAGUUGCCUUCCUGGAUCAUCAAAGACGAAGCCGAGGUCGAACGGCUCACGUAUGAAGAGGAGGAGGAGAAGAUGUUCGGACGGGGAUCGCGCUGUCGUCGGGACGUGGACUACAGCGACACGCUGACUGAAAAACAGUGGCUGCGGGCUAUCGAGGAUGGAAACCUGGAAGAGAUGGAGGAGGAGAUCCGGCUUAAGAAGCGCAAACGCAAGAGACGUCAGGACAAGGACUCAUCGAGCAGAGACGACGGAGGCUCCAAGACCAAGAAGAAACGUGGGCGUCCACCAGCUGAGAAACUCUCCCCCAACCCCCCGAAACUCACCAAGCAAAUGAACGCCAUCAUCGAUACGGUCAUCAACUACAGAGACGGGUCGGGAAGACAACUAAGCGAGGUGUUCGUCCAGUUACCAUCCAGGAAGGAGCUCCCGGAAUAUUACGAGCUGAUCAGGAAACCUGUGGACUUCAAAAAGAUCAAGGAUCGUGUGAGGAGCCAUAAAUACAGAGGGGUGGGAGACCUGGAGAGGGAUGUGAUGCUGCUUUGUCACAACGCCCAGACCUUCAACCUGGAGGGAUCCCAGAUAUAUGAGGACUCCAUUGUCCUUCAGUCUGUGUUCAAGAGUGCCAGGCAGAAGAUUGCCAAGGAUGACGAGAGUGAUGAUGACAGCGAUGAGGAUGAGGAUGACGAGGAUGAGUCAGAGGCUGAGGCCAAGUCUGUGCGGGUUAAGAUCAAGCUGAGUAAGGAGGCGCGCAGCCAUGACAAAGGCAAGAAGAGGCAAAGCCGAGGGAAGGCCAAGCCGGUGGUCAGCGACGACGACAGCGAUGAAGACCUGGAUGACAAUGAUCAGUCGGACAAGAGCGACGAUGAGUGAGGAGACGAGGAUGUCGAUUCUAGCACUUAUAAACAAAAAGGACAAUAUCUUCCAUCACCAUUGUUCAGGUUCAUUAUCUGUAUUUUUUUUAUUUUUACUUCAUUUGUCCUCUUUGUCUGUUUGUAGUGUGUGUUGUCGCACCUUCUCCUACCAGCUUGGAAAUGUAUUACUAAUAAUCGAUAAGCUACAGCAAUACCAAUCUGCUUUUUUCCUGUUUUUAAGACAAAUUUUUAGUAUAUUUUUCAACUCUGUGCUUUAAAAGAAAAUUUAAAUCUCUAUGAAAAAAAAGGAAGAAAAAAAAGAUUUGGUCAUGCUACACUCGCCUUUGCUUGAUUUGUACUCGCUUGCUUGCACUUUUAGAAAAGUAAAUAUUAACAUCAAAAUAAAAAAAAAAAAAAUUUUAAAAAAAAAGUGUAAUAAAAAUAUAUGUUUAGCCAAGGACAUCCAAGUUGGAGAGCCACUGGUGAUUUAAAAAAAAAAAAAAAAAAAAGGCAAUCAAACAAGUUUUUCAUUUUGGGAUUCGUAGUUUCACCUCGUGCAGUGCCAAAUGUUAGAUUGUUUGCUAAACCCCUCCCCCCAACCAGCGAUUGUCCAAUCAUAGCCUAGCAACUGUAACUAGGCACAGCCGAUCCAGCGCGUCAAGCUUCAUAUUUCUCCACAUGUUGUAGCUGUGGUGAGAUACUAAGAGUUUGGAGGGUGGUGUCUCUCCAAAACCAAAAACAAGACAGCAAGAAUAGAUUUAUCUGCUCUAAUGUAAACGGCAAAUAUCCAGCUAAAACAAAUAAUAUUUAUAAUUAUCAUUAUUAAUAACACACACUGUAAUAAUCGAAAGCCAAGAAGAGCUUAACUGCAGUCAUUAACAUGACUCAGAGUAGUGACUCCCAAGGCAAAGAAAAACCCAUUAAUAUCUAACUAGGCUGCAUUAUUGGUAAAAAUAACAGUUCAGGACUGGAACAUCCACCGUGGAGUAUUGUCCCCACUGAGUGGAAUCUGCUCCAGGAUACUACCACAGCUUAAGCCAACGUUAGCAGCUCUCUCCUGCUUGUGAGUGUAUUUGAGGAAGUAAACACUUCCAGCCAAACUUGAAAUACACAAAAUUGUGUUAUGUUUGCCAAACUCAUUCUGAACACCUUUUGUCUUGCAGCAUUAAACAUGAAACAUACUGUUUGAAAGUCUGUAAACUCAACAGCCAAACAGCUUGAGGUUAGAACAGAUAUCUGCUUAUGCGUGCACGCUUUUGCAUGCAGUCUGAGUAGUAUUGACCAUUCACGUUCAAGAGGGCUGUGGUUCCCUACAGGUAAAUGCUCCACGUGGAGAGCAAAAGAGGCAGAACGCAUUGGCCAAAAUGCAACCUCAGAACCCAUCUGCAAUCUUCUGACGUUGAUUUUUAGAAGCUUUUUUGUCCAAUUUAUUUGUGUUUAUAUACAAAUAUCUGUUUAUAAAGAUUAGUCAAAAUGUCAUCUGAAACUGUCUCAAGUUGCUAAUCAAACUGUAGACAAGGAGCGGCGCACAGAUGAGGAAGUCUUGGCCUAUCUGCUGGCUACACCGGAUCUCCUGAAAUAUUGACUGUUAACCCCAGAGGCUUUAUCGUUGUUAGGCCAUAGCUCAUCAGUACUGAGACUGAGAGUCUUAUGCACUAGGCCUGUCUUGCUCUACAGUGCAGCACAAGAACAAUGCGUUCUUUUAUUUUCAUGUCAUCUAUAUGGAUCAUCAACGGGUGAGGAUCCUAACUUAUUGCCUGGGAUGUGUUAGCUUUAGCUUCUGUCUUUUAGCAUGAUAUUCUCUGAUGUAGCCAUUAAGUGUACAUUGCAUUUUGGAUUUUCAAUCUAAAAUGAGUCUGCUGGAAAUAGCUUUUUCAACCAACUUGCCGAAACUAAGGCUAGCUUUUAUUAGCUAGCUACAGCUACAGCUGAUAAAAUCUGCUUGUGUCAGUAGCCCUUUAGCUAAAUCUUCGGUCACCAGCUGGAAAUGAGUAGCCCUUCUUUCGUCUGAUAUAAAAGGAUGCUAUUAUUUUGAAAGAAUGAUUAGCAUUUUGAAUUUAAAUCUGCCACUGCUUUUAUUUAACAGGAAUAAAUUAAUCAAAUGAAUUAAAUGAAAAAAAAAAAACAAAACUAUGAGAAUAGCAACAGUAGUAACCACGAGGGACCAGGCUAAGGGAGCACUCAGUUAAGAGAAACAAAUAUUUUGAAAAUGAAAACCAUUUCUUAAGUCUCUUUAACCAUUAAGUGCUUAUUAAAGACUCUUUUACAAGAUUCUCAAUUUAAAAUGAGUCGGCUGGAAACAGCUUUUUUAACCAACUUGCCAAAACUAACAUUAGCUUUUAUAAGCUAGCUAUAGAAAUCUCCUUGCAUCAGUGGCCUUUCAGCUAAAUCUUCAGUCACUAGCUUGAAAUGAGAAUUCCUUCUUUUGUCUGAUAUAAAAGGACCCCAUUAUUUAAAAAAUGGUUAGUAUUUUGAAUUUAAAUCUUUCAUCGUUUUUAAUUGAAAACUAUGACGAUAGCAACAGGAGUAACUAAGCUGGGCCAGGCUAAGCUAACACUCAAUUGAGAGACACAUCUAUUUAACCAUUAAGUGCUUAUCAAAAACUUUUACAGGAUUCUCAGUUUAAAAAUGAGUCAACUGAAAACAGCUUUUUCAACCAACUUACGUGGCUAACGUUAGCUUAAUUAGCUAGCCAAUAAAAUCUGCCAACGACAGCGGUUAUAUUAGCAAAUCGUUAACCUGCUUUAUUAUAUCAUUGCGACAGUAAAUCUGCCCGUUUUUAUUAAAUACUAUAAGAAGCUUGACACACAAUAGUUAUUACGAGGGGCGGGGCUUAGCGAACCCUUUUGAGAGUGUAAACUAUUUCCUAGGUCUGUAUCCAGUAUAUAUCUUAGCCAGCACAACAAAAUGUCAGUUGUUGCUUGAUGAAUAAAAAAUAUCUUUGAGGUUGCCAUACAUGCUGAAUGCUUUUCUUUCUUUUUCUUUUUUUUUUUUUUUUUUUUAAAACUGUUUUCAUUAAAGAGAAAUGUAACCUUACAUUACGUAGGCGGCACAUUAUUUAGGUAUGUCCAUGUGUUUCAUGUAUCUUUUUCCUCUGAUGCGUUCAACUUGUGUCAGACAAAAAACUUUGAACUUUGUUGUGAUGAUUUUCUCACUCAGAACGAAGUGUUUCAGGCUGCAGGUCGACGGGAAACAUCUUGUCUUGUUGAAUAAAACCAGCAUCUAUCGUAGCUAAAUGUAGCUUUUUAAAGCGUCUGAAAACAUGUCGCUCCUGUUGCAAACAGAUUGUAAAGAGCCAUGUCUUAGCUGGAUUUUCAGACUGCUAAAGACGGUAAACAAUGGAUAAUACACAGAGAAAACAGUGUUAUGAGAUUACAAAUUUUGAUUUGAAUGACAAUGAAUAUAACCGUAUAUUUUGAUUUAUUUGGAUUGAGGUGUUUGUGUUCCUGUGUUAGUUUCGAGCCCUCAUUUUAUUGGUUUAUAUGUUGUUUGUAGCAUGAUCUCUUUUGGCAAUAUACUGUGUACAUGCAGAUAUAUAUCAUUUUUUGUUUGUGUAACAUGUGCUUGCCGACUCUCCAUAAGUGUGACUUAAUCUUUGCUUUCUUUGCACAGUGUCUUUGUGGUUGUAUCUCAUAGCCCAGGGCAAAUAAAAUCUCACCGAUUUUCAGCACACACAAAAAAGUUUUCUUGUUUAAUUUCU